AUGACCUCGGCAGCUAAUUGGAGAUCUGAUUUGAAGGCGACGGAGCGAUAUGACAAUAUUGACAGACUUAGACAGAGCAUUGAAGCUCAAGGGCUAAGUGCAACAGGUGCUAGUCAUAAAGCAGCCUUUGAAGCAGAGACCGAGGCUUAUAAUACAUCUAAAACGAGAAAAGAAUACGAUGUAGCCUGCAAAGCCCUCAUCGAAGCGACUUCUGCUACUCUGAAUAUAAUCGAUGAAGAGCCAACUACGCCCGGGAUAUCGAUUGGACCAUAUCCUCAUUGCCACCCCAUCGCCGUUGGCCUCGUCUCAGAAGUAUACAGAAACAAAACUCUCGCCCUAAAAGUCAUCACCGAGACCCGAAACGUCGAGCCUCACAAUUCCGAUGUCGAGAUCAAGAUCCUGAAAUCGCUCUCGCACCCUUCAAUCAUCAAGCUGAACUCGACGUUCAGAGACCAAGAAAGACGACUAGUCCUCGUGUUCCCAUACAUGCCUCUCAACCUCGCCAAAAUCAUCGCCAAUGGCCCAGUACCUCCAGCUGUCACCAAAACAUGCUUCCACGAUCUCUUCUCCGCUCUAGUCUAUCUGCAUGAGCAAGGCAUUAUACACCGAGACAUCAAACCCUCCAACCUCCUCCUGUCUUCACCUACUGGACCAUCACAGCUGUCAGACUUCGGCACUACCUGGCACCCUUCAAUCUCACCUCUCUCCUCACUUCCUGAACCUCCAGAGCACAAAGUCCUCGAAGUCGGCACGACGUGCUAUAGAGCCCCAGAAACACUAUUCGGCAACCGUGCCUAUGGCACAAGUCUCGACAUGUGGGCUGCAGGAACAAUGUUAGCUGAAUGCUUGAGAGAAAGUAGAGACCCACUUUUCGAGAGUCGAGAGACGAGCGAGGAUGGCAAUCAGCUUGGUCUGAUUCUAAGUAUGUUCAAGACUUUAGGUACUCCGACUGAAGAGACUUGGCCUGAAGCGGUGAACUUCACUACCCCACCUUUCAAGUGGUAUCAAGAAUUUCCGGGAAAGUCUUGGGAUGAGUUGCUCCGUGGAGUGGGAGAGGUAGAGAAGGACUUGGUUCGGAAAAUGGUUGUGUAUGAAAGUGGGAAGCGGUUGACUGCUGCUGAGGCUCUCGAACAUCCAUAUUUCACCGCAUAA